CUCCCCAGCCGCCUGCGCGCUCCGAGCCUCCGCCCGCACCUGGGAGCCGAGGCAGAAGCCCCUGGCCUGGCCCUGGGCCGGGCGAGGUCUCGGGACCCCCGAGGGUGUGGCCUUGAGCAGAGGGGGGCGGGGACCCACUAGGAUGCCAGCGGGAGCCCUGCUUUUGAUGUCCGAAGAGAAAGUCGUGCGGAUUCUCGGCCUUUCGGCUAAGCUCAAGUGGGAAAGUUGUAGAAGGGUGUGGUGUCACACUUCUGUCAUCCAGCCGUCAAAGGCUUCGAGUUGGAGGCCAGCCUGGGCUACAAAGUGUCUGCUUGCUGUCCCCUGGGGAGACAGACACCAGACAGCCAGAGGACCCCCUACCCAAAUCUGAUUCCUCCUCUCCCGCUCGGCUCCUGCCCUGCCUGGGCCCGGCCCACAGCUCCACUCCAUCUCCUCUAUUUCUCCGCUACCCUGCCAGUGAGUGCUCUGUGCUCUUCUUUGUGGGAGCAGUCCUCUCUUGAAAAACCCUUCUCUCAGUGGCAAACUCUUACUCAUACUUGAAAGCCCAGCCCAAAUGCCCCAUCCUCUGGGAUCCCCUCCCUGCCUCCCUCGGCACAGCCCUUGACCUCAAUUUUGGUCGGCCCCAGCCUCAUCUCUCCCUCUGGGUCAGCCCACACUUGCCAAGCCAAGGCUGGCCCCAAAACUGUGAUCCUCCUGUCUCAGCCUCCCGAAUGCUAAGAUUACAGGUGUGCACCACCAUGUCCGGCUACAUCUGACCUUGGAAGAGAGCCAAGAAUGAUGACUUUCGGACUAUGGGGAGGAGGGGGUGUCGCAGGACCAGCGCGAGUCCGGCACCCCCUGCGGAGGUCACACAGGUGACCCCGGAGCCCUUUCUGCAGCCCCUCCGCUCUGUGAGCUCGAGUCCUCUGCCUGCCAGGAGGGCCGGGUCACUGUGCGACAGGACCGGGGACCUCAGUGACCUUUUCCUUCAGGACGUUAGGAGUGCGGUAAUGAUCGGUUCGGGACGAAGCCUAAUUUAAGGCCGGGCGGAGGCGUCGGUGAGGGCUGGUUUCCUGCAGCCCCCCUGCCCUUGCCUUGUUUUGUUUUGCGGGGCUGGGACGGAACCCGGCCUCGCACGUGCGCUCACCUCUGAGCGGCGCCGGGCUCCCCCGCGGGCGAUCGCCUGUCCUUCCGCCUCCGCGCCCGGGGCGGGGCCGCGCCCCAGUGCCCGCCUAUCGCAGCCCGCGCCACGCCCUCUAUGUAAAUGAGCAGGGCGCCGCUGGAAGCCACCUGCGGCCGCGGGCUCGCGAGCUCAGAGCGCCGGUGGCCGAGGUGCGUGUUCCGCGCGGGUCCCAGGCCGAGCAGGGUCUUGCUAAGCUGCUAAGGUGCUCAGGCUGCGUUGGAACUUGGGAUCCUCCUGCCCCGGCCUCCUGACUGCCUGGGAUCACAGGUGUGCCCAGCUCUGAAGUUCCUGAGAGCUCACUGCCUAGUGACAAGUGCUUGGCAGGGUCUGCGGCCUGCCCGAGAGCUGUGUGACCCGUGGUAAACUGAGGCAGGGGGCGGCUGCCCUGCUGCGGGCCACAUGGGCUGAGGGGCUGGUGGGAGUGGAGGGCAGGCUGUGCCACCGAGAGCCCUAGGCCGAGGCCUCUGACACCUGUCCCGCAGCAGCUCACGUGCUCGGCCCCGGGGCUGCCCCUGCGGGCCCAGGGGACCUUGUGUGGCUGGUGUGGCUGGCGGGGCAGUGCUGGCUCGGGCAGGUGACUCCGCUCUCUGUCCCAUCCUGCUCUGUUGCCAUGUCCCUGGCGGCUGCCGGUCACCCUCCUGCAGCCCCCGACGCAGAUCUCCCCAGGGCCCGUGACCUCCAGCCAGGCACGGUGCAUGGUGCCCAUCUGUGGAGCGCACGGGAGGCCUGGCUUCCACUGCCAGCACCAAAAAAAGUCUUUUAAACAACACCGAUCUGUAAUCACGGAGGGGGAAAAGUUAGAAAAUUCAGAUAAUUAAAAAUGGGAGUGCUGGGGAUAUAGCUCUUCGGCACAGCGCCUGCCUGGCGAGCGCAAGGUCCUGAGUUCAACUCCUGGUACCAAAAACAACCAACAACAAAGAAUAUUUUAAAAUGGGGCAGCCAGGCGCUAUGGAGCACCCCUGUCAUCCCAGCACCUGGGAGGCUGAGGCAGGAGGACUGCCUCAAGUUUGAGGCCAGCCUGGGCUACAGGGGAGACCCUGUCUCAGAAAACAAUUUCUCCUUUUUCCGUGGACGUGGGCUGCUGCCGAUGCUCACAGCGGAGCUCGGAUUUCCUCAGCCGCGCCCCUACUCAGGCAGGGAAGCUGAGGCCCACAGGGCGUCCUCCCCGCCCUACCACCACUCGCCUCUGCCUCUGCCUCUGCCCCUGCCCACAUCCAGGUGCCCACGCGUGGCCCGGGACGAUGGGGAGGAAGAAAAUCCAGAUCUCCCGCAUCCUGGACCAGAGGAACCGGCAGGUGACCUUCACGAAGCGGAAGUUCGGGCUGAUGAAGAAGGCCUACGAGCUGAGCGUGCUGUGUGACUGCGAGAUCGCGCUCAUCAUCUUCAACGGCGCCAACCGCCUCUUCCAGUACGCCAGCACCGACAUGGACCGAGUGCUGCUCAAGUACACGGAGUACAGCGAGCCGCACGAGAGCCGCACCAACGCCGACAUCCUCGAGACAUUGAAGCGGAGGGGCGUGGGCCUCGAUGGGCCUGAGCUGGAGCCAGAGGGAGGCCCUGAGGGACCAGGAGAGAAGCUGCGGAAGCUGGCAGGGGAUGGAGGCGACCCCACCCUGCCCCGACCCCGGCUGUAUCCUGCUGCCCCCGCGAUGCCCAGCCCGGACCUCGCGUACGGGGCCCUGCCGCCCCCAGGCUGCGACCCCGGCGGGCUUGGGGAGGGCCUGCCCGCCCAGAGCGAGCGCCACGGCCGCCCCGGGACCCCCGCUGGGGGGCUUCCCCUUCCUCCCCGCAGGCCCCCCAGAGUACAGCCUGGGGGACCCCCCGCCGCCCCCUGGCCUGCUGCAGCCGCCCGCCCUGGUCCCCUGGCAGGCGUCGAGGGGGGACAGACCCCCGGCCGUCCCCUCGCAGUCCAGCUCACAGCUCCCCAUAUGUCUCUCCGACAGCGGGGUGCGCAGCCUGGGAGAGGGCGGCGCCUCACCGCCUCCAGUCAGCGUCAAGUCAGAGCGCCUGUCACCCGCGCCCACGGGGCCCGGCGAUGCCGCCAAGUCCUUCCCGUUCCCUCUGCUCCUGCGGCCCGGGCCGCUGUGCCGCCUGCCCCCUGCCGACGGCUGGCCGCGGUAGGGUCGGAGACCCCCGCGGUGGGGCCGGGGGAACACCCGCCUGCGCGGGGCUCCUCUCCCCUCCACCUGUGCAGUCUACCAAUAAAUCAC